GGCAGUGGGCAGGUCUGCCAGGCAGCGGUGGUCAGUGCCUGGCAAGAUGGGCUCUCUCUGGGGCUUAGCUUUGCCUCUCCUUCUCCUCUGCUGGAAGGCUGGAGUCGCUGCCAGAUCUGCAGGCCUGACCAUCGGCAGUUCUGCUCCUGUGGUGACGGUGAACAACACGGAAGUGCUUGCCUUCACUCAGAGGGACAGGCGCGGUUCAGCGGGGGAUUUCCAGACCACUGACCUUAUUCAGUACGUUCCUCUAGAUGCUCAAACUCUGAGCGCUGAAACUCCUUCUAACACCUUAGCUGCAACCAGUACCAGUUCAGAGGUCAAUUCUGACACCCAGACCAUCUCUCCUGCAACAGAAACAGGGAAGACAAAGACCACCUGUCCUGCAGCGUCAGCCCUGGAUAUUCAGAUCACCUCCACUACAGCGUCAGCUCUGGAGACCCAGACCUCUUCCCUUGCCGCAUUUAGCAUAGAUACUCAGACCACUUUCCUUGCUACAUUAUUCCUGGACACCCAGACCACUUCUGCACCGUCAUCCCUGGACACCCAGACCACUUCUGUAGCACCAACUCUGGACACCCAGACCACUUCUGCACCGUCAUCCCUGGACACCCAGACCACUUCUGUAGCAUCAACCCUGGACACCCAGACCACUUCUGCACCGUCAUCCCUGGACACCCAGACCACUUCUGCACCGUCAUCCCUGGACACCCAGACCACUUCUGCACCGUCAUCCCUGGACACCCAGACCACUUCCCCUGUUGAAUUGACCCUAAAGACCCAGACUAUUUCCCCCGUAACAGAGACCAGAACUCUUGCAAUAAAAAUGCCUUCCAACUUCAUGGUUGUGCACCCCAACCCUACAGAUACUUCAGCUACAAGUGGCAGCCCCAAAGUAGAAAUGAGCACUGUCAAGACAGGCACAGUGAGUGACCCCGUAGACACUAUCUUUGACACCUUUUAUACAGAUGACAGCUCUGAAGAAGGUAGGACGACCACAGUUGACCUCUUGACCUUGGCUCACACGUCCACAGAAGCUGAACACCUGUCCUCAGAGAGCGGCUCCACCUUGGACAACUCAGCUAGGGCCCUCACCAGCCCACAGGUCCUGGGACCCGACACUGCAUCUCCAACCAAGGACUUGGUUGUCGUUAGCAUCACAGAAACAGAAACACCUGCCAUCAUCCCUGGGACCUCUGACACAAACCACAGCCCUACAGAGGCCUUGUCCACUUCUGAGUCGCUAACUUUGCCUCAAUCCCCUGAGGCAAAUCCACUUAGCCCCAAGACCACAAGCUCAUUUGGGACUCUGUUGACAACUGGUACCUCACCUCUUGCCAUUACCCCGGAGGGCACACUCCCUACUAGUGACGUCACAGAGAGAGAAACAACAACGGCUCAGACUUCUGCCUCUGGUAGGACUUUGGUGACAGUUAGUGCAAGUCCACUGAAAGAAACCUCAGCACUCUCUCUUGAGACGCAAAGCCACACUGAGGUCUUGGAAACAAUUACAGUUCCCAGGGCUGCUGGAACAACAAUGGCAGAAACAAUAUCCUUCUCUGGUUCAACUUCAGACAUCAGCCCCUCAGCAGGGGCCACCACCAAGGGCUCUCCCACCUCAGACACUUUAACCACAGAUGAUAGAACCAGCAGCUCCUCCCUCGCAGGUAGUAGCCCUCUUCCUUUUGUCUAUUCAAGUACAGCCAGCACCAGCAAAAACCCAAACAUCACCUUAGCCAAGACCACAGCCUCACCAGAGACCCCAGGGAUGCCCUCAUCAUCUACACCCACUACUUCUUGGACAAGGAGAACCCCAAAACACGAUCCAGGCGAAGAUGGCGGCUUCCUCCUUGUACGGGUGAGUGUGUCCUCCCCUGAGGACCUCACUGAGCCCAAAGCUGCAGAGAAGCUGAUGCACCAGCUCAGCUGCGAACUGCACACCCACAUGCCACUCGUCCAAGUGUCCGUACUGAGUGUCAGAAGGGGCUGAAGGAUGUUAGCUGCAACCAGGCACGCCCUCCAUACUGGAAGAAGAGUAAUGCUACUUGUGGCCAGGGCCCCAAACUGUCCAAAGCCAUGGUACUGUGCCAUGGACCCAGAUGGUACCCAUGGAGGUCAGCUGAC